AGGUUGAAUUUGAUACACGUUAGCUAUAAAAAGGAUUUCGCUAACGAAAUUAGUAUCUUUUGUUUCAAUUUCUUGAUUUCAUUCAUAGAAGAUUAAAAUAUCUAUUUAGAAAUAGAACGUGUUUAUUGGAAAAGUCGUAUGAAAAUUUGCCGUAGGUUGGCUUAAGUGCUUGUUCUCUCGUCAAUGUCACUUUCGACAUUUGAGAAUAGUCGUUGUAACUUAAGCGAUGAACAACUUACUCCUAUUUCCAAAGCUGAAAGAUAGUGUCAGUGAACUCUCUUAGGAAAUACUUCGAACUGGAUACGAAAACUGUUCGAGUAUUAUCGUUUUCAAUAGGUUAACUGUAUAUGAACGAUCAUACGUAUAUACGUGUAUGUGCGUGUGUGGUGCGUGCGUGUGUGGUGCGCGCGUGUGUACUUGUAUACAGAUAUUUUCGUACUUUUUCGUCAUAUUUUCUCGUUUACUCCAUGUGCCACUUUUUGGCACGAUUUUAAAGAACAUCCACUAAAUGUUUGUAAUACACGGAUAGUUUGUAUUUGCGAUUAAAUGUCCAAACACUGUGGCAAAGAAGAAUCUUCGAAGUAAUGAUCGCACAUAAACGAUGAUUCUUAGCCAAUAGAAUUUCUGAUGUCUUUUCUGUAUCACACUUGUGUCUGACGAUUAGUAAUCGUGUUUUAAGUUAAAUACUUGAAUCAUCUUGACCAUUUAUAUCUUCAGACUAAGAAGAGCAUAGUUUGUAUUGAUCGUAUCGGUGGGUUUUAAAUAGAAAAUAAGAAGCAGACGAGGAGUCAAUAUUGAUUGUAGAUCAGAAGAAAACGAGGAAAAUAAAAAAAGCAAAGAAAAAGGAAAAAAAAGAAGAUGGCUGAACAGAAAGUGAAAUACGUGAACAAGCAAUUCAACUCUCCUAUCAACUUGUAUUCACCGCAAGCGAUAAAGGAGACUUUGGAGAGGCAAACUCAGGUUCUGGCUAAUGGAGCAGUCGGGAUCGACUUCAACCAGCUGGCAAAGCCGGCAAAUUUGCAAAACAGCGCAGUACUACGCAUGCUUGAAGAAGAAGAAGCAAGACAACGAGGUGGUCAACCAAAUUUGAAACGUGUUGCUUGGCCGCCACCUCCUGAAGAUCAAGAUCUUGAUUACGUUGAACAAGGACCCGUCCAAGCGAAGACCCGUGGAAUCGGUGAGGUUCCCUCGUACCAGAGCAGUCCUUCAUCAGGUCCAUCACCCCAACCACCAUCAACGGUAGCUCGUUCAUCAACUCAGAGUGUUCUUCCAUCAUCCCCAUCGCCAUCGAUCAGUCCAAGUGGAACUCUUCUGCGGCAACCAUCACAUUUCCAACAGCCAUUUGCACCUAAGGGUUGGGCGCCUGUUACACCACCUGCUACCUCUCCUGUUCUACAACAACAUCCUCUUCAAGAUUGGUCCAGUCAACCACUAUUACAACCACUACAACAACAACAUCGUCAACAACAAUUACAGCAUCAAAAGCAGCACUCUCAAGAGCAUAACGAGCAAACGAGACAACAGAAUCAACCAUAUCAAUCUUACGAAGCACCACCUUCUACCAUUGUUCUUAGACCGGAGCCUCCGAUUUCACAGGCACCAGCACCAGUGUACCAAGCACAACCUGCAGCAACGAAAGCUCCAGUCAGUGGUAACAUGAGAGGAGAUCUUAAAUGGCCACCACCUUCCGUAAAAGCACAAACGGAAGCUGAGAACCAAGCAAGGAUGGAACUGGCUAGGGGGCCCGCCGUUAGGCCACGUCGAGUUAACAAGGAUUACAGCGGAUUCUUUGCUCAGCAUGCUCUUAACAAUACUUAUCCAGGUUACAGAGCUCCACCAGGAACUCAAUACUUUACUCCAUCUUAUCAACAUUAGCGCAGAGGGCAUUCUAAUUAAUAUUAUAAUAUAUUCGCAUUAUUAUUUUCGUCUUAAUAUUAUAUAGGAUUCUUUUUAUUCAUUUUUUUUAAUUUAUUUUUUUUUUCUUAGGAUAUCUGCACAAAUUCCAAUAAUCGCCAAUCGACGAGUUUUAAUUGAAAAAUCAAAUUAAAAAUUUUUUUUAGGGCUUUUUUCUUUCUUUUCGAAACGGGGUAGAAAAUGACAGAAAAGUUUAUUUCAUAACUUUGAAAUUGAUACUCUUUGAAACGAUUAAUUCAUUAUUUUAUUUAACAUGUAAUUUUAAUAUAUAUGUAUAUAUAUUAUUUUUCAUAGGUCUUGGCAAGCUCGUUGUACAGAUUUCCUGUGUCGGAUAUAUAUAUAUGUAUAUGUAUCUAUUUACAGAGAGAGACUGACCGACUCGUAAAUUAUUCUAAUUUUACAUUUACCUUUUUUUCGUUGCAUAAAUGUUUUGAUAUAAGAAAAAAAUCGUUAAGAAAAAUGUAUGCACAAUUUAUGCUUCUUCUUCUGUUAUUUCUUUCUUUCUUUCUUUCUUUUGUGCCGAUACACUAUUAAAAAUCAUGACAUUAAUAUAGCAGAAGAUAAUUAAUGCUUCCAAAUAUUUUCCAGUCGUGUAAUUUGUUUUUAAAUGAGAAAAAGAAAAAAAAAACAAAACAAAAAUACAGAAAAAUGAUAUACAUGCGAAGAUUGAAUGCCUUUAUCAAUGCUAAUAGAAAUGAAUAAGGAAACUUGAAACGAUGAGAAAACACGAUAUUGACUUAAUAUUAAAUAAUAUCGAUAGACGAACGAAGAGACAUAUUAUUGAUCAUUACAAUGUAGAUUCGAAAAAAAUAGGAAUAAUAAUUAAAACUUGAAAGCACAAUUUUAUCACUAACGAGGUAAAUUUAAAAAUAAAAAAUAUAUAUAUAAAUACAUGUCUCAUUUUAUAAUACGAUUUGGCACCGAAGUGUCCAUGAAUAACCAACGAUGCGUUUGUAAUUAUGUAAUUUAUUGUUCUUGAAAGAGAUAAAUAAAUAAAAAAAAACGAUCUUUACAAA